UUUGUCACAGCAAAGCCAAUUCAGCGAGAGAGAGAGAGAGAGAUGGGGAGCUGCAAGUGAGGAGACAUGCCCAAGUUCAUCCCAACACCUUCAUUCUUUGCUUCUCCUAAGCUGAUCACCAGAUCCCGAAGCCUUUGCGAUAUCAUGUACAUUUUAUUAUAAAUGUGGCAGCCCAUUGAAUUCAAAUGUUAUGUUUUCUUCAAGCUACUAAUGUUACAUUGGGUCUAAAAGGCAUGCCUAUUUGUUGCAAGUAUCUGGAGAGUUGGGCAUUGCAAUUCACUAAGCACUGACAACGUAGAUAAUAAGAAGAGUUCGAACUUUUCCAAGAGAAGUAUUGAUCAAACUUCUGUCCAUUCAAUGUCCCAUCUCGCUGUUAAUUAUCCAUCAUGGUGGAGUUCUAAUGGACAGAAAAUUCAACAAUCUUUGUCCAAGAAUUUAAGCUUGCACGUGGAAUCUCCACUCCAACUUUGUCAGAACACAAAGCAUUUCGGCUUUCAACUCUAUGAGCAGGAUUCAUCCUCAUCCCAAUCAACUGGUAAAUCACACCAUGAACUGGGUGCCAUGGGAGGAGGGAGCAAUUCUCAAGAUCAAUGUGUUUCUUCAGAAUCUGGUCAAGAUGAAAGUCAUGGAAAGCUUUCAGAUGGUCAAAUUAAGCCAUUUCUUUUUGUGGGUAAUCCAGAUUUUGCCUUUAACCCUUCACAAAUUGAUUGUAGCCAUUCGACGACUCGUAUUUCCUAUCCUUAUGCCGAUCCUUACUUUGGUGGUGGGCUAUUAAAUGCAUAUGGACCACAUGCUAUUCCUCACCAGAUUCAGCCACAGAUGGUGGGGAUGGCACCUGCACGAGUCCCGCUGCCUCUUGAACUUGCAGAAGAUGGGCCCAUAUAUGUUAAUGCGAAACAAUACCAUGGAAUCCUCAGGAGGAGACAAUCACGUGCAAAGCUCGAGGCCCAAAACAAACUCAUUAAAACCCGAAAGCCAUAUCUUCACGAAUCUCGGCAUCUCCAUGCAUUAAAUCGUGUGAGGGGAUCUGGUGGACGUUUUCUCAGCACAAAGAAGCCCCAAAAACCAGGCCAGGAUCCUCCCAUCUGGGACUCAGCUCACUUCCAUCCAAAUGGGGACAGAUCCGGACCUGGAGGUCGUCAAUCUGAACAAGGGAAAUGUGUUGCUUCCUACUCUGACAUCCUGAGUCACUCCAACGGCGGUGUUAUUUUUCGGCAGACGGAACAAAGGUUCUCGGGCGUUUCUCCAAUGGGUGGAGCCGCCACGCAAGGCAGUGGUGGUGGGCUUAUGUGCAACAUAACUCAGCACUGUUCUCCCGUUGUCAGGUGAGGUGGGAGGAAGUCACCUGCACCGGCAAAUCAUCCUUGGCUGUUUUUCGUUUCAAUGUUUUUGGCUAGCUAAGACCAUGCACAGAUCUGCCCUAUGUACUAAAUUAUAUCUGCACUACCUCCUAGGUCAGUUAACGUGGUUUGGACAUUUCGUACUUUUCUGCAUGUGUGAUUCAUCAUCUUGGGUCUGAAAAAGUACAAGCAGUAGACAGGGCUUAGCUGAUGAAGUCAUGCCCUGAUUUUCUAUCGGAA